AUGUUCAUCAGGUGCUUUCUGCUGGUACUGGCAUUUAAUUUACUGUCGGCAGGACGAGUACCCCUGGAAGAACGUAUUAUCGGAGGAAGUGACAUUGAAAUAGAAAUGGCUCCCUGGCAGGUGUCCUUAGAAGAGGAAGGUCAACAUGUUUGUGGUGGCGCGAUUUACAGCGAAGAUAUUAUUAUCACUGCGGCACAUUGCCAUUUUGAUAAAGAAGGACGACGACUGGAGGCCGAAGUCUUUAACAUUCGCGCAGGAUCCGCGUUAAAGGAAGAAGGUGGAAGACGUAUUCAAGUGGCAUCCAUAAAAUCUCAUCAGAUGUAUAAAUUUACUCGCAAAGUAUACGACAUUGCCGUGAUGCGAUUGAGUGAACCGCUUGAGUUAUCCAACACAGUACAAACAAUUCCUUUGGGAGAAACUAAUCCGUCUCCUGGAACUCUAGCCUUCAUUUCUGGCUGGGGAGGAACAUCCGCUAUAGGAGUCGGAUCAUCAAAUUCCGGAUUCGGUGGUCAGGUGGUGGAGGUAUCCCAAAUCCUGGAACAUGGGGACUAUGACCAGGACGAUGAUAUAUCAAAUGAUAUAACCGUGAUCCUACUUUAA